GUACAGCCCGGUCACUGUUCCUGCCCAUCCCGGUUACUCCGUUCAUCCCGGUUAGUUUCUGCCCAUCCCGGUUGUUGUGUUGUCCAUCCCGGUUCGUUGUUACUCCGUCCAUCCCGGUUACUCUGUACCCCCCGUUCCUGUCGUUACUCCGUCCAUCCCGUUGGUUCCCGUUGUCGCUCCGUCCAUCCCGGUUUGUCCCCGUUGGUUCCGUACGAAGGGGCCGGUCCCGCCGCGUGUCACGUGUCCCGCCAUGUGUCGGUGCGGGCGCUGCGCGCACUGUGCGCCGAAACCGGGCGGGCAGCGCAACACGGCGCGCAUCCAUGAGCGCAACGCGGGAACCGCAGCGCGCAGAGCCGCGACCGGCGGUCGGCGUGAUUGGGCUCCAAUGCAUCACCACCAGCGAAUGGCUGCCUUAGGGACGGACAAAGAGCUGAGUGAUUUACUGGAUUUCAGCGCGAUGUUUUCGCCUCCCGUCAGCGGUGGAAAGAACGGACCCACGUCGUUGGCGAGCGGCCACUUCAGCGGCUCCAAUGGAGAAGACAGAAGUAGCUCAGGGUCCUGGGGGAACGCGGGACAUCCGAGUCCAUCCAGGAAUUACGGAGACGGGACUCACUACGAGCACAUGACGAGCAGAGACCUCGGCUCCCACGACAAUCUCUCGCCUCCCUUCUCCAAUUCGAGGAUACCAAGUAAAACAGAGCGCGGUUCCUAUUCAUCCUAUAGAGACUCCAACAUCCAGGUCUACGCCAGCCCGGGAGACUACAGCCGGAGCAGCUCAUUUUAUAUGCAAGACAACCAUCAUGGCGACCCAUGGACGGCGGCGGGAGGAAUCAACCAAUCAGCUUACGGCUACGGCCACCCCCAUGAGAGACUGGCCUACCCUUCCCAUUCGUCGGCCGAUUUGAAUCCACCAAUGGCGGCUUUCCAUCGCGGAAGCAACCAAUACAACGCGGCAGCCUGCAGCCCGUCGGCCAAUGGGACGGAAGGGAUGAUGGGAAAUAGGGGAGGAGCCGGAAGUUCCCAGACAGGCGACGCAUUGGGCAAAGCACUCGCAUCCAUUUAUUCGCCGGAUCACACCAAUGCCAGCUUCCCAUCCAACCCGUCGACCCCGGUGGCUUCGCCCCCUUCGUUAACAGGUGGGUCCCAUAGAUCCCAUAUAAACCCUAUAGAUCCCAUAUAAACCCCAUAGAUCC